AUGAGCGAUGCGUCGAGGCUAUUGGGACGACUUUUCGCUGACCCCGAGCCGCCGGAGGCACGCGCGGGGUCCCUCGGUGAAGGAUGCGACGAGGGAUCUUUCGGACGACGCUUCGGCGUGGGGGAGCCGCCGAGAGCGCGCGUAGGGUUGCUCUAUGAGAAAAGCGACGAGGGAUCUCGCACGACAUUCGGUGAGGCCACACCGCCGGAGGCGAGAGCGAUUUUCCCAGACGAAAGUUGUGGCGGGGGUGGAGUACCCUCCCCCUCCCCCAUCUCCUCAAAUCGUCAGGAGCGUGCCGACGCCUUUGCGCUCGUGCCCGCUUGGUCGCCGACGGUCAACGCCUGCUGUCGGUAUGACGAAGGCGAGGGGGAAGGGGACUUCCUCCCCCUUCUCGCUCCCCCCUCUCCAGCGAGGGUGGGUGUUAUAUCAUGGCGUUACGAGUGCGAUGGAAACAGCCGCGUUGACGCGCUAUCCGCCCUCGUUCUUUGCGAGGGGGAGUGCGAGCGUGCGGUUGCUCACGUUCUAGAGGAAGGGAAGGGAUUGCAGGAGGGGGCCCGUGGCUUUCGAGCAAAGGCGAUGGCUGGAGUUCCCGAGCAAAGUGCGGCUGGUAGUAAGCGUUCAGACAGCCUAGAUUACCAUCCUAUCGACGAGCUCUGCUACCGACUCUGUUUACGCGCCGUUUCCCCCUCCCUCCUCCGAUUCCGAACUCGCGAAUCCCCACACGCACGAGGCGCUCGGCACCGACGACACGCACGCGUUCGACUGUUUCGACGACGAGCGCGCAUCGCGCGCGACAGCCUCACGCAGGUCAACGUCGUCCCCGGCUUGGCUGGCGCACUCCCCCUCCUCGCGUUCCCGCACAUCACCAGCGCCGCCAUCGGGUGGCAGAGCGGCGACGCGGACAUCGACGGCGCGGUCGAGCUAAUGUGCAAGGCAUGGACGGAGCUGGGGAGCUGGUGGAGCACGCUCGAUGCGCUUGCCCCAUAUAUCCCGCGAGUGACCUUGCGCACGCUCAUCCCGCUCGCGCGGCACUGCCCGAGGUUCAAGAGGUUUUUCCUCACGAAUCUGGACCUCUCCGACAUACCCGAUCCGGUGGAGGUGCGAGAGGACGAGCGCGUAGAAAACAGGCCGAUCGUACUGGAGUUCAUGUGCUCGGUAUUGUCGUACGCGCAGGUGAAGCCAGUGGCGGCCUUCCUGACGAGCGUCUUUCCUAAGGGAGGGAUAGAGCGCAUAGAGCCCAGGAUGUCAGAGGAGAUGUGGGGGAGGGUAUGCGCGAGCAUGGGCAUCAACCUCGGCAAGCUGGACUUUUUCUCAUGUGAAAAGUAUAUCGUGUAG